CUGGACAAAAUCCAAAAGGAACCCCUUCAGGAGAAGUCAGUAUCUGUGGAAGAACCCAUGUGGGAAACGUUGAUGUGAAAUCCAGCACCAUGGUCUUUGAGUCCCUACCUCUCUAUGCCAUCAGAGACAAAGAAGGUCAGUUUCAUGAGGUGACCACUGUCAAAAAAGAGGAGGUCAUGAGUGGUGACGUGAGUGGGACGAGGUGGAUGUUUGAGACAAAACCCCUCGAUUCCAUCAAGGCAGAAAAUGAAGUGUAUGUGAUUCGAGCUGUUACACAAGAAGACGUCAAGAAAGGGGAUGUAAAAUCAGCCAGAUGGAAGUUUGAGACACAGCCUCUCGACUCCCUCACUGAUCCAGACGAAUCUUCUGUUCAGCUUACUGAAGACUUUGCAGGCAGCAAUGUGCAGCUAAAUAAAAAAAUAUUCGAAUCGGACCAGUCAAGCAAGAGGUUUGUGAGGAUGGUUAGUGUCACUGAUGUGCAGCGCGGGGAUGUUAGGACCUCUACCUGGCUCUUUGAGAAUCAGACCCUUAACAGUCUGAAAGGGGAACCUCAGGAGCAGAGUCCAGCUAAAACAGUCCACAGAGAAGACAGCCAGAAGGGAGAUGUGAAGCGCUGCACAUGGCUGUUUGAAUCCCAACCACUGGACAAGAUCAAGGACUCUGAAGACACCUCAGCGCAAGCUAUUGAGGAGAUACCCAAAGCUGAUGUGAAGUGCACUACCUGGCUAUUCGAGACCACACCACUGGAUAAAAUCACUGCCAACAGUGUGGCUGAGACCCUCUCAUACUUGUAUGAAAGGAAGUUUGUCCACUCCAGUGGCAUAAUAAUAGAAGCAAACGAGAGAAAUCACGUUAACAUGGCAAAAUAUCUCCUUGAGUGCAGUGAAGGUGUGCAGAUUCAGAAAGAGGACAUCAUUGCUGGCAACAUUAGAAACAUCAUGUUGCAACUCCUGCUCAAACCAACAAUAAGGCCACAAGUGACUCUUCUGAGAGAAGUUGAAAAGGGUCAAAUUAACACGACACUAGUAGAGCUUCCAGUCUUCGAAUCAACCAUGAGUGCCAAUAUUGAGAGCGAUCAAAGAAUGCAGAACAUUGCUCAGCUGAUAGAUGACUUGCUCAUUCAGGAUAAGAAUUUCAAAAAAGGGAUCAUAAUGCAAGAGACUGGAGAGGAAAAGGGAGAAAUGUCAGUUUUUUCUCUUAUCAGCAAUAGUGAUACAAAAACUGAGAGUCAUAUUAUGGAGAGGGGAGAUGUGAAAGGUACAAUUGGAAAUCUAUUGGCUACUGCCAACAGUCAACGAGCUGCAACAUCGUGUAGAGUGGAUGCAAAUGAGAAGGGAAAUGUGAAUUUGUACAAAAGCUGCAUUGAAAAAGGAGAUCUCCGGUACUUGAAGAGUCUUCAUACUGAUGAAUGUGAAGAUGAAGGUGUCCAAGCCCUUUCGAUGAAGGAACAAGUCGAAACAGUUCAGGGGGGUGUUCAGGAAGCAAAGAGAAGCCUCUGCCAGCAGAAAGAGCAGGUCGAGAAAACCAUUUGUGAUGUGUUGCCAGGAGAUGUAAGGAACGCCAAAAAAGUUUUCUCAUCCGAGUCCUUUGUCAGUGUUGAUAGCUGUAUUCCAAAAGAAGAAAUAAUCCCAGGUGAUGUGUCAUCAGCAAAGCAGCAACUGGCAGAGAAGCAGCCUGUCAUUGUGGACAAGGAAGAAGUUGUACCUGGAGACAUCAAGGCAACAAUGGAGUCUUUAGAGCGUGCAAAGCAGCAAAGCAUGUGUGUGGAAAAGGAGACCAUUAAACCCGGAACCAUCUAUGAGAUGGACCUGUCAACUCACGGUCCUGUAGAUGAAGGAAGCCAACCACAGAAAGAAGUUAUUGUAUCUGGAGAUGUGAGAGCAGCUAAAAAGUCCCUCGAAAUGGCCAAGCAGCAAAGCAUGCACGUGGAGCGGGAAGUCAUUGUUCCUGGAAAAAUAUACAAUUUGGGAGUGACAGCGAAAGAGGAAACCUCUUCAACUGUGGAGCUGUCUACAUGUUCAUCCUCCUCCAGAUGCCAGCAAAUCAAGACUUAUCCUAAGUAACCUGUGAAGGACAGCCAAGGAACCCAAUACAGAUUUCAGCCCCCAACCCCAUAGUAAAUGGACACUCUUUAUCAUCCGGUUUGGA